UUCUACCUCGUUGAUACUUCGUGCGGUACAGAGCACUGAACGUGAAUUAGCCCGUCGAGUUCCAUAUUUCUGACUCUUUUGAAAAGACAUUUUCUCUUUCAACCUUGACCCAAAUAAUCAUGGAUGCCAACUCGAUAUGGACAUCCUGCUCUGGAUGUCCGUGUCCAAACCAUCACUUGCCAUUUUGCACCUUCACCGUCGAACCCGCUCUCUCGAAUGAUCCCGAGUGGAUGCACCUCACAUGUUCGAACAACCCUCCUUCACAACACGAGGAGACGGUACUAUCGGGCAUAAUAUCAGCAUACGAUCAGCAGAUUAAAAAUAUCGACAUGGAGAAAUCUAAUCUCAAGGCCUUUUCCCUUUCCCUGAAUGCCCAGAUCGUUGCAGUUUUCCAACGGAUAGACGCACUGCGCCAAGAGCGGGCGCGAGUGACGGAGGCACUCCGGCAAAGGAAGAAUCUCCUCAGUCCUGUCCGGCGCCUCCCUCCGGAGAUCCUCAAUCAUAUUUUCCUUGAUACCAUUGAUUUUCCAGUACCCAGAACGCAGAACAUACAGACCGUGGAGCAGGAGGUGGCUAUCGAUCUGUCACCCAACUGGAAGUUCAAGUCCACGGAGAGCUCUUUAUGGUCGAUUACGCGGGUUUCUACACAGUGGAGGAGCGCGUCGCUUUCAUCCCCAAGACUUUGGUCUUACGUCAAUAUCUUAAUCACUGACUCAAAUUUCGCAAACUAUUCCUACAUUCGACAACUUGGACUACAGUUGGAUCGAUCUGCAAAAUACCCGUUGUCAAUUUCGAUAUGCCAUAUUGCGGAGGAAUCUGUUGCAGAAGCUCUUCCUCCGCCGUUGGUGACUAUCUUGUUCUCGUUUUCUACUUGUAUUCGGGAGCUCCAUCUUUACCUUCCCUCGUACCUAUUCCGGCAAAUGACCCUCAUGCAUUUAUCGUUAUUAUCCUUGGAGGACUUGAUCCUCCUUUGCACCGACGGGUUAUCUCCUACUGAGUUUACGAACCUAUGUCUGCUUUCCUUCGCUCCGAAACUGCGAUCGCUAGAGGUUGUAGAUAUCAUUGAUUCGCAGGAAAGAUUUGAGCUUCCUUGGCACCAGUUGAAGACGUAUCGCAGCGACCAUGCAUAUCAGCCCAUCUACCCUUUCAGACACAUUGGUCCUCGGGCACACCAUCAUUUGAAUGCUCUCAGAAAGCUCCCGCAAGUGGAGGAAUGUGUUCUAAGGUUGGGUGAUAGAUCCAGAGAGGAUGACUUUGGAGACCAGGUGUAUCCUCUUAUUUGCCCGCAGCUGUGUAUGCUGGAUCUCUUAUCGUGGAACCUCGACGUUAACACAGAUGAUUCUGCCUUCCGACAAGUUGCUGAUAGACUUAUUCUGCCAGCACUGUCUGCUCUGAAGGUCUCAUGCUCACAGAGGGACGAUUACGAAGCCCAGGGGUUUUUUUCCUCGAUAUGCCAACUUCUCCGGCGUUCACAGUCCCAGAUUACCGUCCUGCACUUCGACCAUGGUCGAGUCCUCACCGAGGAAUUACUACGACUCUUCCGUUCUGCGCCCACCCUUGAAGACCUGCGGCUAACUCAGUGUCAAAUAGGCAGCGCUGGUGUCACCACAGAAGUCAUGAAGACGCUUACUGUGAAUCAUGCUUCUUCGGAGGACUUGGUUCUCCCGCGCUUGUGCACUUUGUAUAUACCUGGCGGAAGUUUCCGGGUUUCAGACGUUGUGCGCAUGGUCCAGUCUCGUAGGAGUAGUGACAAUUCUUGCCGAGUUGUCCGUUUACAAACUCUUAGAGUGUGUGGUUAUCUCCCAGACCCAUGCCCUGGCUUUGACGCCACAAUCCUCCAUUUCCAACGGUACUACGCCGAAGGAUUCUCUUUUGGUAUCAUCCGUAUUACUCAGUAGUACUGUAGCUUACAAUACUAAUAUAUAGGUUUUCUUUUGGAAAGUAAAGCAAUAUUCGGU